UCCAGAGGAGAGGCGGAUGUUUGAGGGGAGUGAUUCAGAAGGUGACAGGAAGCUAGCAGCCUGCCUGCCAUCCUUCUGGGUUGGUGACAGCAGAGAGAGCAGGGACCAGAGAGAGAUGGGCCUCCCAGAGUGAAGACAGCUGCCAGGCUCCUAGGCAGAAGACUCCCAGAGACAUGGAGCAUGCAGAGCUGCUCGGGGCCGGAGCUACCCUUCUGCUGCUCGGGGCUGUGGCGGGCAUGUGCGUGUGGUGCCCCCGCUUAGGUACGAGAAGGUCCAAGCAGAUCUUUUAUGAGCAGAGGGAUGAAGGACGACACAGUUUUGCAGUUGCCCGGACCUUUUCUAUAGCAGGCAUGGUCCCAGAGGUGGCUGACUAUUCCACCGUUCAGUGCCCUGAGACAAGGAAGGACAAAUGGCUGUACUCUACUGCUGGUGCGGAAGAUCCUGACAACCCCAGGUAUCAGAACCUCUGGAAAGGAAGCAGAAGAGAGUCAGAGCCAGCCUAUGUAGAUCCCAUUGUGACAGAUUAUUACAACUUUGGGCAGUUCCAGAGGCCACCGAAAGAUGACGAUGAUACCGUUUCCUACGAGAAUAUUUUGAUCUGCAAACCCAUGGAGGAAGAAGCUGACGAGGAACUGGAGGAUUAUCAGAACUCAGCAUCCAUUGAGCAGUGGAGACAGUCAGUAAAGAUGGCAAGAACUUCAGAGGACAACUCCAGUGAGCCGGAUUAUGUGAAUGGAGAAGUGGGUGUCAUGCAGUAAGAAAGUAAAAGGAGGUUGUGAGAGGUAGCCAGGGUGAGGAGCAGAAGGAAGCUAUGGCCACUCGUGGAAGAUCUGCCCUACUGCAUCCCGUCCAAGCCAACUCUCCGUGGAAGGAUUUGCCCCCUAAACUCGCCCACGGGUCACUACCCCUCCCCCCCUCCCCCUGGAGUGGCUCCAGUUGGUCAAAGUGAAGCCCAACAUUUGGUCCCUGAGACUGGCAUAUGGCGGCCCCAAGACACUCGGCUUCUGGUGUGGGAAGGACCUAUGGUCCAACUCUCCUGGAAAUUCAGCCUCGACAGGCUGGGGAGGCUCCGAGGACCACGGAAUUCCUGAUGUCUCCCCCUCCUAGGGCCAAAGGGCCAGUCUCUCAUUGCCCGAGGUUCUGUCUGGCUUGCUACCUGUUAGAAAGAAGCUGUGUCCGUGGUAUAGUGAAAGGCACCCUUAGAUUUGUAGUCAAGGGGCCUGUUGCUUACUUACCUACCUGCUUUUGGGCAGGUCUCUUAAAAUCACCAGGAAUCAGUUUUCCCAUCUGUAAAAUGGGGGCGAGUGGACCAAAAGGCUUCUUCUGAGAUCAUUUCUAGCUCUGAAUUUAUGAUUCGACCAUCCUGUGAGACCCUUCUUGGGUCCCUGGGGUCUGCGUCCAGGGGGCGGAGCUUCUUCUUGGUGUUGUUAUUUAUGUAGGAGAGUCUGUAUUUUAUCUUGUAAAUGACCUCGAGGUUUUGUCCCUCACAGAGCAUUACAUUCAUAUAAUCUCUAAUAUAUUAACUGUGAUCAAAGUAUCGGUUCUCUUUUUGCCCCGUGUUGGUCUGCCGACUCUUCAGACAGGCUGACUGGCCUCUGAGAUCCCAGGUUCAAAUCCUGGCACAGCUACUCAUGCCUGGUAACCCAGGUGACUUUUGGCAAUCAGUGUUUAUCAGGGACGUCAGGCGUGCCAAGCCCCCUGUGUGAGGCCCUGGGGCACUGUGGUCUCCUGGGGGGCAGGCAGCAAUAGAUGGUCAUUGAUCCUCCACCUCUGUCCUCUCAUUUUACUUCUCUGAAGUGCCAGGGAGAAGGCUGGAACCAGAGCCCAGGCUUGGUGAUGGCUGGUCCGCUGCACUUCCCAUCGCUCCAUGGCCCCUUUGGGGAUAGCACAAAAUAUACCAUGAUCCCUUGAGCUGAUGUCCAGAAGUCCCACAGAUGGGGGACUGGACACGAUCCCUGUUGCUCUUGGAGGAACCGAGAAAUGAAACCAGAAAAGGCAUCCUUUAACUCUCCCUUUGUUUGGCAGGAGGGGGUCUGGGGGCACCAAGAGUGGGUGGGGCUAUGGUGAGGAGCACCCCUUCUCAGGCUGGGUUUGCAGUGGGGUGAAGCUUGCUGGAAGAAAAGGCCGGCAGAAUGUAAUGUAAGGGCCACUGGACAAAUCAACCACAGGAGUACAAAGUUGGUUAGCAGGGACCUUCUUAAAGGAGGAAAACAUCCCAUUUUACAGAAGGGGAAACUGAGGCCCAGUGGGAAGAGUUUGAAUUGGAAAAGCCACAACUAGGGACAGAAGAUGCUAUGCCUUAAUGUUCCCUCUCCCCCAGACUAAACUCUCACAAUAAAUGGUUUGGGUGCUAAGCAAUAAUUUCCUUUGUUUCACUGGGUACAGUCAGGCUUUUGCUCCAUUCAUAGACAGAUUUGUUAUUCCAGGAAUCCAGGAUUUUGUGGGUGUGGGAACCUCCCCUCCACUGACAGAGAUCACCAGCCCUCCCAGCCUUAGCACGCACUCUGGCUAAAACAAUUCCUCAAAAAUUAUAAAUAUUGGAGAUGUGAGAAAGUUGGAACACUAAUGCAUUGUUGGUGGAGUUGUGAACUGAUCCAACCAUUCUGGAGAGCAAUUUGGAACUGUGCCCAAAACUAUGCAU